AUGGCAGAAAGAACGAGUUUUAUGUUUGAUGUCGUAUACGACCUUUUUGAUGAUAUCCUGGCCGAGUUCCAUCGAUGGGGUGACCUUCCCGUCGAUGUCAAGCUUUACGUAUUGAAAUACCUCACAGUUCCAACACUGAGAGGCUUCAUGUUUCGGAGUAAGGAAUGCUACGACUUGGUACGCAAGAUAAAACCGAAAGUUGACCUACAUCUUGAAGAUGCGGCAUUUAUACCCGACAGAAAACAGCGUAAAUUCGCGAAGAAUCACGAUGGUGUGAAGUUACACAUAUAUUGGCGUAAGCCUGGAGCAGGUCCGAAGUCUGUACAUGAUUAUCCAUUGAUAUUUGUGAAGUACAGUGAAGAGGGGUGCCAUGUGCAAAGAUUAGGAUAUGAAAAAGGAAAGUAUUGCAAGCGACCAGGUACAAGAUACAGCUCAAACACCAUUACUGCAGCAACAGAAGCUAUGUUCUAG